GUCGAUAUGCGUGCUUCACCAGGACCCCUCCCAUGUAGAAGGGUAUAGCGAGUGAAUAAUGCAGAAUCAUAACAGGCAAACAGAAGAACAGGCCUAGUUCUCUACAAAAAGGAUCAGAAUCAUCUCGAAUUAGCAACAGAUAUUCAUCAUGGGAAACAUGUGUAAGCUUACCCUGGUAUCUCUGGCCCUUCUGUGUCUGGUUCACAUUGACUCUACAUGGGCCAAGAGGAGUGGCAGCUCUAGUAGCAGCAAAAGCGGAAGCUCUGCCAAAAGGCCAUCAAAAACAUCAAACACACAGACCGGAAGCUACCCCAGACAACCCCAGAGCCCGAACAGGAACCCCAACCCGUACCCAGCAGGAGGUAGUUAUCCAGGGAAAGGUACCAACCAGAACCCAGCCGGCGGCUAUCCUGUUGCUGGUGGCUACCCCAACCAGCAGUAUCCUGCCAGAGCAAAUCCUGCUGGAUAUCCAAACCAGAACCCUGCAGCCGGUGGCUAUCCUGCAGCCGGUGGCUAUCCUGCAGCCGGUGGCUAUCCUGCAGCCGGUGGCUAUCCUGCAGCCGGUGGCUAUCCCAACCAGCAGUAUCCAGGCAGAGUGAAUCCUGGUGGAUAUCCAAACCAGAACCCUGCAGCCGGUGGCUAUCCUGCAGCCGGUGGCUAUCCUGCAGCCGGUGGCUAUCCUGCAGCCGGUGGCUAUCCUGCAGCUGGUGGCUAUCCCAACCAGAACCCUGGGAGAGGAGUAAUCAAUCCUGGUUACCCAGCGGCAGGUUACCCGGCUGGUGGUUACCCAGUAAGAGGGGGAAAUACCGGGCAAGGCUUUGGGCAAGCAGGGGGCUAUCCCGGUGGAGGGAUGGGAGGAGGAUAUCAACCCAACUGGAACCCAAAUAAUAAGAUUCUAAGUCCCCGCUACGGUGCAGGCAAUGGUUAUGGAGGUGGGUAUGGUGGGAUGGGAGGCGGUUCUCCUUUCUCACGUUCAGUUCAGAGUAUGGGACACUACCCCUCCACUCAGUCCAAGGGCUUUGCCAAGAAGGCUCUUAUGGCUGCAGGGGUUGGAGCUGUUGCAGGUAUGGCGAUCGGCUAUGGCCUUGGGCGUUUCCCUCGCCCACACUUCAACUUCCACAACCCUCAGGAGGAGCAGUACUACAACAACUACAUGUAUAAGAAAUACGGCGAGCGUUCCACAGACGAAAAUGACUAUGCCCGGGACUAUACUUAUAAAAUACCACCACAGGCAGAGUCUUAUGACAGCUUCAUGGAUACCUGCAUGAAAAGGAAUGACCUUCUGCAGGACCAGGACGGCCCCUCCCACAACACACCUGACAAACCCAGGAACAAACUCCAGGGAGCUGACAGCCAGAGCAUGCCUAUUACUCCUGAGGUGGGGAACAGCAGUCCAGCUAGCAACCCUCAUGGAACAGCUGGAGAGGGGAAGGAGGAGGACGAUGGGCCCACAGUGAGCAUUGAGGAGAUUGGUUACCCUGCGUUGGUGGAGCAGCUUAAGAACCGGAAGUGCGUGGAGCUGUACCUUACAUAUUCUGAGCGCUUCCUGGAGAAGCAGACAGCUGAACGCAGCAGUGCUGUCAACAAUAUGUCUGAGAACAGUCACAGCAGCCCCCAUAGCCAUUGGCUGGUACAGAUGAUAACCACCCUCCUCAUGGUCCUGAGCAGCACUCUCUUACUGCAGUAAGACAGGAACUCCUAGCUGUAUCACUCUCCUACUGCAGUAAGACAGGAACUCCUAGCUGUAUCACUCUCCUACUGCAGUAAGACAGGAACCCCUAGCUGUAUCACUCUCCUACUGCAGUAAGACAGGAACUCCUAGCUGUAUCACUCUCCUACUGCAGUAAGACAGGAACUCCUAGCUGUAUCACUCUCCUACUGCAGUAAGACAGGAACUCCUAGCUGUAUCACUCUCCUGCUCCAGUAAGACAGGGACUCCUAGCUGUAUCACUCUCCUGCUGCAGUAAGACAGGAACUCCUAGCUGUAUCACUCUUCUGCUGCAGUAAGACAGGGACUCCUAGCUGUAUCAUUCUUCUGCUGCAGUAAGACAGGAACUCCUAGCUGUAUCAGUCUCCUGCUGCAGUAAGACAGGAACUCCUAGCUGUAUCACUCUCCUGCUGCAGUAAGACAGGAACUCCUAGCUGUAUCACUCUUCUGCUGCAGUAAGACAGGAACUCCUAGCUGUAUCACUCUUCUGCUGCAGUAAGACAGGAACUCCUAGCUGUAUCGCUCUCCUGCUGCAGUAAGACAGGAACUCCUAGCUGUAUCGCUCUCCUGCUGCAGUAAGACAGGAACUCCUAGCUGUAUCACUCUCCUGCUGCAGUAAGACAGGAACACCUAGCUGUAUCACUCUCCUGCUGCAGUAAGACAGGAACACCUAGCUGUAUCACUCUCCUGCUGCAGUAAGACAGGAACUCCUAGCUGUAUCACUCUCCUGCUGCCGUAAUACAGGAACUCCUAGCUGUAUCAUUCUCCUACUGCAGUAAGACAGGAACUCCUAGCUGUAUCACUCUCCUGAUUUCUCCCCUUUUCUUAAUCAGGCCAUCAGAUUCUUGUGAGGUUAGGAAUAAGCAGUGCUUGACUUGGGAUAAAAUAAAUGCAGGAACUGCCAAAUCGCACAUUAGGGUAUGUUCAUUAGGCUUGUUCUUUGGCCUAAAAAAGGAACCAGAGCGCUGUAUGCCUAAAAUUAGAAGUACCAGAAUGCUGUUCUGGACUGUUCCAGCCCAGGUCAAGCACUGGACAUAAGAGAGAUGGAGGUGGAUGUAUAGACAGCCCUUAGAAAUGUAUAAUACAGUAUACAAGCAACAUCAACUAAGCCAUGCAUGGUGACCCACAUGAGUGAACACAAGCUAUGUAGUCGUAGGUACACCACUGUUCAAAAGUUUGGAGUUACUUAGAAAUGUCCUUGUUUUCGAAAGAAACACUAAACAUUUUGUUCAUUAAAAUAACAUCAAAGUGAUCAGAAAUACAGUGUAGACAUUGUUAAUGUUGUAAAUGACUUUGGUUUUGGAAUAUCGUCCGAGGCGCCUUAUCAGUAACCAUCAGUCCUGUGUUCCAGGGGCACGUUGUGUUUGCUAAUCCAAGUUUAUUAUUUUAAAAGGCUAAUUGAUCAUUAUAAAACACUUUUCAACUCUUGAAAUUCUGUUACACAGCGGAAAAAUAUUGUGCUGAUUAAAUAAACAUUUUAACUUGCCUUCUUUAGACUAGUUCAGUUUCUGGAGAAUCAGCAAUUGUGUGUUCGAUUACAGGCUCAAAAUGACCAGAAACAAAGAACUUUCUUCUGAAACUCUGAAUCUAUUUUCUGAGAAAUGAAGGCUAUUCGAUGCAAAAAAAAUACCAAGAAACUUGAGAUCUCAUGCAACGUAGUGUACUACUCGGUUCACAGAACAGCACAAACUGUCUCUAACCAGAAUAGAUAGAGGAAUGGGAGGCCCCAGUUCACAACUGAGCAAGAGGACAAAUACAUUAGAGUGUCUAGUUUGAGAAACAGACGGCUCACAGGCCCUCAACUGGCAACAUAAUUAAAUAGUACCUGCAAAACACCAGUCUCAAAAGUGAAGAGGCGACCCUUUCUAGGCAGAGUUGCAAAGAAAAAGCCAUAUCUCAGACUGGCCAAUAAAAUGAAAAUAUAAAGAUGGGCAAAAGAACACUGGGCAAAGGGAGAUUGGAAAAAGUUUUAUGGACAGAUGAAACUGGCCAUUAGGUGCCAUAAUUGAGGCAAUGUGCUGGUCUGGGAGUGCUUUGGUGGUGGUGAAGUGGGAGAUUUGUACAGGGUAAAAGGGAUCUCCUGCAAUAGGACAAUGACCCAAAGCACAGCUCCAAACAAUCCAAGAACUAUUUAGGGAAUGAACAGUCAGCUGGAAUUCUGCCUAUAAUGAAGUCACCUGAUCAUCAAGCCAAUCCAAAACUUGUGGAAGGUGCAUCAGGAGGCAUGGGGUGAAAUGUCUUUGUAUUACCUCAACAAAUUGACAACUAUAAUGCCAAAGGUCUGCAAGGCUGUAAAUGCUGCAAAAUGGAGUUUGAAGGACAAUUAUUAUUUCAGUUAAAUAUAAUUAUUUGGAACCUUUUUGUUGACUAUAUUUACUACUCAUUUUGAUAUAUUUCCUAUUCAAACUAAUUUCUAAGUGACCCCAAAUGUUUGAACGGUAGUGUUUAUUGGCCAAACCUGUGGGGGUUGGAAGCUAUUGGUUUCUUGCAUAGCAACAUUCCUGCACCACUUCCUUUCCUUUCCAAUUUCACACCUGCUGAAUAGCUUACAAUGGGCAUAACUCUUUUGUAGUCAUGAUGGAAAGAAGACAAGGAAGCUGGUGGAAAAUAGUUUCCAACAAGGACCAUUUUAUGGGGACAUUUGAGCUUCAUUAAAGUGUUAAUUUUAUUAAUUUAAUAGUACAUUUUCUUUGUUUGUCUCUCAUUUGCACUUAUAACAUGUCAAUUCUGAUAUCUUGCUGUAGCUCCUCCACAUUUCCUUUGGUUGCUUUUUGUUUUUUCCUUUGCACAUUAGUUACGGAGCAGUUCCGUGUACACUAUUCUGUUGACACUGUAUAUUGUUCUAUAACAUUAAAAGUCAGGUAAAGCAUGAUGCUUGACAAUUGUAUCUGUGUUGCUAUUACAAUGUAUCUAUGUGUAUAGAACUUUCACCUCCAGUAUAUAAAAUGCCUAACUUUUUAUUUUAUUUUAACCUGUUAUUUAUUAUGUGAAAGGUAAUGUACACUGUAAGUAAUCAGUUGAGGUAACUCUAUUUUUGUGGAAACCCAUUACCAGAAAUCAUUAACUCAAAGUAUUUCAGUGAUAAUACUUAAAAUAAUAACCCUAAUAACGUAUAAAACAUUAUGUUUUUUAAGUUAUAACACAUAACUCUUGAGUGUUGUAAUAUUUGUCCAUGUUAACAUAGAAAUAUAGAGUCCUGUCUACUCAAAUGAUUAGCCCUUAUGAGUAUUUUAUUUUGUGUAACUAGUUUACAGUACAUUCUUUAUUUGGUUCAUUUGACAAUCUGACACUUUUACCCACCAUAGCCAGCAUUAUUUAGCAUGAACAAUGCCCAUUCUUCUUAUGCACUGAGCAAUGGGUUUCACUUUUUAAAGUGCAUUAGGGACUUUUUGUUCAAAUGGUUACACCGAAAGUAAAGACAAGCAUUGUGUUGACUGUCUACCAUAUUAAAUCAGUAUUUUCAUCAAGUCAUUUGGGUGAGCUAUAGGCCUACUGGACAUGAGACUCCAUGUGAUACUUUUAUUAGGUCUAACUCCUAUGUGUAGGGAGAGCAAAUUCAUUGUUAUGCCAUAUAAUGAACUACCAUACUGAAGUUUGUACCCUGUUGUAUGACUGUACUGACUGUACUUAUGCUGUAUGCCAUAUUUGAUUUAAAAGCUGUUUGUUUUGUAAAUUCACUCCUGUCAUUUAGUAAGGAAUGUUCAGUGUUUUAUUUAACCAAUGCAUAUUUUAUUCCUAUUUUACUUUUGUUCAUGUUCCAUCUUUUUCACACAAAUCUCCUUCUGCAUGGACUCCUAUGCCCUGCUUAUCAGAAGUGUACUUAUUUAUCUUCGGGAAUGGUCAGAAAAUUCUACAAUGCGCUUAGUGAUAAAACUGAGGUAAACAUUAAUUGUUUUAAGGUAUCUUUAAUGUAUAAUCCCAGUGCUGUCAAACACUAGACUUUAUGUAGUGUUAUGGUAUUUUUACAAUAUGACUGAAAUAACUAAAUUGUGAAAGUUAUGGCAGUUUCUUGUAAAAGCUGUUUGGAAAAGAAUGCCUGGAAUCUCAAGAUGUUCAGGUGAGAUGGAACUUUUGGCUUUAUUUGUGAUUAUAAUAGACCAAUGACUGUUCAUGUGAGAAAAGGGGUGGGCUAUAGACAAUUCUUGUGUACUUUGGCUCAGGUGAAUAAAUUAUACAAAAAAUAUGAGUUAUUUUCAUUAAAUAAACCAGGAUUAAUAAGGAAUAGAGUGAUUAAAAAUGCUAUUACAAAGACUACAGCUGGACAUUGAAAUAACCACUUUGUCAGGCUAGACCCUAAUACAACAUUUUACUCUGACUUUAUGUUGCUGAAAUUAUUAGUCCUCCUCUAUAUUCCUAAUACAGCAUGACUAAAAUAAAAACAAAAUAAAGCAGUUACUUUGC